AUGACCACGACAGCCACCACCCUCAAGGGCCAGCCCCUCGACAAGGCGGCCCUCGAAUCCCUCCUGCGCCGUCGCUUGUUCUACACUCCCUCGUUCGAGAUUUACGGUGGUGUCUCGGGUCUUUACGACUACGGGCCACCUGGCUGCGCCCUGCAGGCAAACAUCAUCGACCUAUGGCGCAAACACUUCAUCCUCGAGGAGGACAUGCUCGAGGUCGAUUGUACCGUCCUCACGCCCCAUGAGGUUCUCAAGACCAGCGGCCACGUUGAGAAGUUUGCGGACUGGAUGUGCAAGGACCCUAAGAACGGCGAGAUCCUCCGUGCCGACCAUUUUGUGGAGGAUGUCCUCGAGUCGCGGCUAAAGGGAGAUAAGGAGGCCCGCGGCCAAAAGGUGGAAGAGAAGGCGGAUGUUGGCGAUGGCCAGAAGACAGAGGAGAAGGCAGAGGACUCUAAGCGGAAGAAGAAGAAGGCAAAGGGCCAGGAGGCCAUCAAGCUGGAUGACGCUGUGGUUCAGGAGUACGAGGAGGUGCUAGCAAAGAUUGACAACUACAAUGGCGAUCAGCUGGGUGAGCUCAUCAAGAAGUACGACCUCAGGAACCCCGCGACCGGCGAACAGCCCAGCCCUCCGGUGGCGUUCAACCUCAUGUUCCAGACGGCCAUUGGCCCCAGCAGCAACACACCUGGCUACCUCCGGCCGGAAACCGCCCAGGGCCAGUUCUUGAACUUCGCCAAGCUCCUUGAGUUCAAUACUGGUCAGAUGCCCUUUGCCUCUGCUUCCAUUGGAAAGUCGUACCGCAACGAGAUUUCCCCAAGGGCUGGUCUUCUACGUGUUCGGGAGUUUCUUAUGGCGGAGAUCGAACACUUUGUCGACCCCGAAGGCCACAAGAAGCACCACCGGUUCCAUGAAGUCGAGGACAUCGAGCUUGAGUUCCUGGACCGCCACGUCCAGCUGUCUGGCAAGACUACUACGACGAAGCUGACCGUUGGGAAAGCCGUCAAGGACGGUCUGGUCGACAACGAGACUCUUGGCUACUUCCUGGCGCGCAUCCACCUCUUCCUUAAGAAGAUUGGCAUUGACCAGUCCAAGAUCCGUUUCAGGCAACAUAUGGCCAACGAGAUGGCCCAUUACGCUUGCGACUGCUGGGACGCCGAGCUCCUCACCUCGACUGGCUGGGUGGAGUGUGUUGGCUGUGCCGACCGGAGCGCCUACGACUUGUCCGUCCACGCUAAGAAAACCGGUGCGCCGCUGAUUGUGCGGCAGCGCCUGGAUGAGCCCAAGAUCAUCGAGGAGUGGGCGGUUGAGAUCGAGAAGAAGAAGUUUGGCCCAUUCUACAAGAAGGAUGGCAAGACCAUCGAGGCUGCCAUCCUGGCUACCACACAAGAGGAGCGCGGCAAGCUCGCUAAGGAUCUGGAGGAGAACGGCAAGACCAUCGUCAAAGUGCCCAGUGUUGGCGACGGCAACGUCGAGGUCAGCAAGGACUUGUUGGCCAUCAAGUGGCAGAAGCGCGUUGAAAACAUUCGCGAGUACACACCUAACGUCAUCGAGCCGUCGUUCGGUAUUGGCCGGAUCCUGUACUCGCUGAUGGAGCACAACUACUGGACCCGAGCCAGCGAGGGUGGCGAUGAGGCCCGUGGUGUCCUGUCCUUCCCUCCCGCGGUCGCGCCGACGAAGGUCCUUAUCGUUCCUCUGUCAUCCCACAAGGACUUUGCGCCCGCCGUCCGCAAGCUGUCGCAGAAGCUCAGGUCCGCCGGCAUCUCUAGCCGUGUGGAUGACUCGUCCGCUAGCAUUGGCAAGCGGUACAGCAGAAACGACGAGCUGGGCACGCCAUUCGGUAUUACCGUCGACUUUCAGACGGUCAAAGACGACACCAUCACUCUCAGAGAGCGUGAUAGCACGCGACAGGUGCGCGCUGAGGAGGACAAGAUCAUCGAGGCCAUCCGGGCGUUGGUCGAGGGCACCAAGACAUGGCAGGACAUCGAGUCUGAACUGCCUCUCUUUGAGGGCCAGCAGGAGGUGGAGGUUACUGUCCGUUAA